UGAAACUUCUGUAUCUAUCAUUAUUCUGUGGUCCCAGUCAUUCGUUCACCGUGAGUCGUUUCAGAUUUGAGAUAGUAAAAAUUAUUGCUGGUCGAACGGUGCGUAAUCAUUUUGGCGUCGUUGCUUUCUAGUUUUACCACAGAAUUAAAAAUCAUGUCUAAGAGCAAACUUCACCAUCAAGUUGACAGCAGUAUUGUCGCGGUGAAAAGUAAAUUUGAUGCUGACAUUAUAAGAUUUUCAAUCAACCGUAAUGAAGCCAUUAGUUACGAGGAUUUUAGAAAAUUAUUGGCCGAACGACAUGACAUAGGUCCAGAUUUGAGUUUUCUUAUUUGGUAUACAGAUCCAAAUGAUGGUGAUUUAUUACCCAUUAAUAAUGACAACAACUUGGCAAGAGCCUUGCUUGCUGCUAAACCACUUCUUAGAAUUUUUAUACAAAGAAAGGGGGAUGGAUUGGAAGACAUAAAUGGAUAUGGAACGAUGAAACCAAAAAAUCUAAUAUCGAGUAUUCUUGGUGGCACACCUGGAAAACCAAAAUCAUUGGCUAUAUCUAACCCACACGAUUUUAGGCAGGUAUCUGCAAUAAUUGAUGUAGAUAUAUUACCAGAAACUUGCCGUCGUGUACGUCUGUUGAAACAUGGUUCUGAUAAACCAUUAGGAUUUUACAUUAAAGAUGGGGAAAGUUUUCGAAUUCUGCCACCUUCUGCAGGAGGUGGUAUCGAAAAAGUUCCGGGUGUGUUUAUCAGUAGAUUGGUACCAGGUGGCUUAGCCGAAAGUACAGGUCUUCUAGCAGUAAACGACGAAGUCCUUGAAGUAAACGGUAUAGAGGUGGCUGGAAAAACUCUUGAUCAGGUCACAGACAUGAUGAUCGCGAAUUCUUCAAACCUAAUAAUCACAGUAAAACCUGCAAAUCAACGAGCGGCAUUAACCGCUCCAAGACGUGGAUCAUUCUCACGAAAUAGUCAAUUGUCUUCUGGAAGUCAUCAAUCUACGCAAAGUGCAGCAACCGGCAGUGAUGAAGAUGCAGACGAAAUUGUAGAUUUAACUGGUGUAACACUGCAAGAUGAUGCAGCAACUUCUACUUCUCAACAUCAUCACUACCAUCACCAUCACCACCAUCAAAACCAUUUUAGUCACGAUCAAGGCGUUCUACACUUAUAAAUGGCAUAUAACAGAGAUUUCAAUUUACCAUGCUCAAUUGAAUACAAUUGGAUAUUCAUCUACAAAAAGGAGACAUUUAGGAAUAGGUAUGAAAAUAUAGCAUGACAAUAAGAAGCUGAAUUAGUGGAGCAGAUGAAGCAUUACAGAGUCAUGUGGUAAUCAUUUUAUGAAUCUAAUUAUAAUUUAGCUUAUGACACGGAACAAAAAUAUGCUAUUUAUGUCGAAGUUAUAUUUUUACAGAAGAUUUACACUAGUGCCUUUUAACAUAAUCACAUUGGAACCACUAUUUAAUACUAUGGAUCAAACUUACUCCGUUAGUAUUCACUUCAAAUUUAAACAUUCAAAACGGAAAACAGCUUUCAAAAUUAGAACAUAUUGAGAAAUAUACUGAAAAUACUUCUUAGAUAAAAUAAUUUCAUUAAAAAGCUACUAUUUUUCGGAGUUUGUACUUGUUCAAAGAUUCGUAGUCUUUGUUUCAAUGAUUUUUACAGUAAAAAGUAUUAGACUGUUAAAUUGGUUUGAAACAUAAAAAAAUACUACUAAACAUACAAGACAAAAGACAUGGAUACAAUUUAUAAAAAAGAUAGAAUUAAAACUGCGCAUUAAUACUUUGUUUCAUAUUGUUCACGUAAUAUUUUCUGUUUAUUUGGAUGAAAAAUCUUUUAAUAUAGACAAAAAUUCCUCUUUAAUCUUUUUAUGUGAACUGUUUGAACAAAGUGUGUAUGUGCGUAUAUGUAUAAAGAUAGUGAUAUGAAUAUUGACUGUGCAUAAAAGUAUUAUUGGAAGGCAGCAAUGUUUUUGAAGUAUUAAAACAAUAUUUCUUAGUACUUAAUAUUUGAAACCUAAAGUGUACUUAAUAAGAAUGAAAUGCCCUGUGGAAAAAGAUACGAUUUCAAAUGUAAGGAUUUCCUAUCUUUAUAAUGAUCAUGUUUUACAGUUUUACAUAUUAAUACAUAAAUUGAAACAUGAUUUAUCAUUACUUUCAUUAGGAUUUUAUUCAUCGCUUCAUAAUGUAUUCAUUUUUUAAUCGAUUUUGAUGAAUUUUUUGUGUAUAUAAUGCAAAUAAUGAAAUUCAAUAACUUAAUUUAUCGUUAUAAAUAGAGGCCCCCGUUCAAUAAUGGAAAUGUAUAUAAUAAUAAUAAUGAUAAGAAUGUAAGAAGGUGAAAUGCUAAUACAAACAUUUCAUUUUUAAUCAAACAAGAGUAAAAAAGAAAAUGAGUGGCCUUAUGUUUACAUCAUUCCAAAUAUUUUUUGCAAAGAUGCAAAAUAGGAAUUAUUCUAUUAUAAUGCAUUCUGACACGUCUAUUCGUGUAUGUAUUCUGUUUAUUCCACUGCAUGUUUAGAGUGUUGAAGUUUUUGAAUUUUAAUUCCAUUUUUAUAAAUGUUAUUUGUUGUCUA